AUGUCUACAGGUAAGAUAUAUCACGAUGUCUUCAGACUUCAAGCUAUAUUGGAAAUGACUAGACAUAUUUCAUAUCAUAAGCUAAAACUAUUUGAAAGGAAAUACGGAAACUUAAAACUGAUUUUAAUUAUUUUAUUAUCAUUUUACAAGGUAACUUGCCAGUUCUCAGAUGUUAAGUUAUUUCGUCAUGGUGAUCGUAGUCCAAUAGAAAUUUACCAGAAAGAUAAAUAUAAAGCUGAUCAAUGGCCAAUGGGAUUGGGAGAACUUACAGAUAUAGGUAAAAGAAAUGCAUACGAUCUUGGAGUUUUUUUCCGAAAGCGGUACAUGCAGAAAUUAAAUUUAGAUACAAACUUUAAACCAAAUUCUCCAGAGUUAUAUAUAAGAAGUACAGCAAUUAAUAGGGCAAAGAUGUCAGCUGUGUAUUUCUUAGCAGGGUUUUACAAUGAAGAUUUUCAAUCUGUUAUGAAGGAAGAAGAAAAAUUCCAGACAAAAUACAAUGUACGAUUUGAACCAGAAGAACAAGAUCAGUUAUUGUCAAUGACAUCAUGCCCUAAUGCUGAUAAACUUAAAGAAGAAUGGGAAGAUAAAUCUACAGAGUAUAAAGAUUUUAUUAAGCAUCAUCAGGAUAUAUUUAAUUUAAUGAAAAAUACAGGUUGGUCUGAUCCAGACCAAAUGAAUGCUAUUGUAGACGAUAUUUAUUGUGAGACAAGCCAUAAUAGAACUCAGCCUGAUUGGGUACAGCAGAAUUUUAAGGCUCUUAUGAAAUACUGGGAUGAAAGUAAAAAAUUCCAGUCACCAACACCUAAAUUAUUGCAAUUAAAUACAGGCCCUUUGAUGUCUAAGUUAAUGAAGACAAUAGAUGAUAAAAUACACAGAGAAUCAAAAAGUAAAAUGGUGAUUUUUUCUGCUCAUGACUCAACCAUCAUUAAUUUUCUUCUGGGUUUACAAAGUUUUAAUAACCGUCAACCUCCAUAUAGUUCAGCUGUUAUAAUCGAAUUAUAUCAGAAUCAAAAGAUGUUUUAUGUAAAUAUAUUAUACCAUAAUGACAGCAAAACAGAGCCAUAUCACUUUACAAUACCAGGUUGCGAACAGACUGCCCAAUGUCGUUCAGGAAUAUUAAGACAAGAAGCAAUGAAAGUUACAUUUUCAACCAAUGAGAGAGAAGCAUUUUGUGGUGGUGUAUUUAGAUCACAUUCAUUGAAUAUUACAGAUAAUAUUAUUCCUGUGUCAGUAGUAAUAGUAAUUGGUGUUUGUGCUGUAUUAUCUAUAAUAAUGUACCGUCUUUACCGACGUCGCCGUAGACCUGUUGGUGACCCUAUGAUGUACCGUCCUUUGGCUUAUGGUGAUGAUGAUGAAGAUGUAUAA